AUGAGCUCCUUCAUGAACACAAUCAACAGCAAUGCCCGUACUGCUCGCGGCACGGCCUUCCAACCUCAAACGCGGAAGAAGGGAACCAACAGCUGGCAGCUUAAGCAGUUCGCCGAGGCCACGCUAGGUAGUGGGAGUCUGCGCAAGGUCGUGCAGCUUCCAGAAGGCGAAGACAGAGAUGAGUGGCUCGCAGUGAACGUGGUCGACUUCUACAACCAAAUCAACCUGCUGUAUGGCGCCAUCACAGAGUUCUGCUCGCCGCAGUCCUGCCCCGAGAUGAAAGCUACGGACGAGUUCGAAUACCUCUGGCACGAUCCACCCGAAUUCCCCAAGCCGACUCGCCUUCCCGCGCCCACAUACAUCUCCCACCUGCUGUCCUGGACAUCCAAUCAUCUGUCCAACUCCACGACGUUCCCAACGCAUCCCGGUGUGCCCUUCCCCUCCAACUUCCAGCAAACGAUACGGACCAUCUUCAAGCGCCUGUAUCGCAUCUACGCACACAUCUAUUGCCACCACUACAGCGUGAUCAGAGGCUUGGGCCUGGAAGCACAUCUCAAUACUGGGUUCAAGCACUAUGUUCUUUUUGUGGAAGAGUUCGGGCUGGCAGACGAGAAGGGCAAUAAGAAGGGAGAAUGGUAUGGGCCGCUUGGCGAGCUCGUCGAGAGCAUGUUGAGAAGCGACUAG